CAGAAAACUGAUGUUAUGAAAUUACUGACUACACAUUUAAACGGGCACUACUUAAUUUCAGGAUGGGAGGAUUCUUGAGUUCAUGUUGUGGGGAUAAUGAUGGUUCUGAGUCAGGAGAUGAAGGAGAGAGAACCAGACUCAUCAGUGAGAACAGUCCCCAGCAAACAUAUAUUCCAGAGCUUAUUCAUGAUCAAGGAAGGAAUCUUCCAUUCUCAACUAGUCUUCCUAAGGUCAAUGAUGAGCAGAAUGCUUUGCAGAAUAUUCUUCAAGAUACUGCUGCUUCUGUUAUAGAUAUCAGUGCCAUAGAUCAUCAGCAUGUCGUUGAGCAGGCUGAUUAUCAAGAAAAAUCUGCCCUCUAUGGGAAAAGGUUGUCGAGUGUUGGUGUGAGACUCGCUGCGAAACAUGCUAGACCAAUGGGGAUGGUGGAUACACAAGGGGAUAUUCUUAAAGAUCUCUCAGAAGAACCAAUAGAACAGGAGGAUCUAGAGUUGAUUACUGAAAUUGCUUUAAUUGCGGAGAAAAAGGUUUCUGAGUUUAAGAUUGAACACCAGGAAGACUUAGUCGUGAAUUUUGGAGACGGGAAAUCAUCAUAGUCGUCUUAAUUACACUGUACAGUGCUUUUAUAAUUUACAACUACGAUAAGUGUGUUCCGACAGUACUGAUUCUGUACUUUGGGCCAAUAAUGUAGACAAGUUGAUCUGUGGUUUAAAUACAAUAUAUCCCAUAAGUAUAAGUACAACGAAUGAACUUUUAUAGUGUUGUUUCGAAUCCUUUUUAAAAUCAUUUGCCUCAAAUAUAAUAUAAUCUGCGGCAUUAAACUUUAAGUAAUUGUCAAAACGACAAUAUAGAAAUUCCUCCAUUGUAUUAAUAUAAAUGGGAUAUACUGUAUAGUGUACGUACAAUAAACAUUUACAAUAUAUGAUAAAUUCCAUAAAUUAUUUUGCUAUCCAAAUUUUAAACUGUAAAUCUAUUAUUGUACAAUUUAUAAAAUGCUGAUAAAUAUAUUUAUGAAUUAUGC